CAUCACGCAGAGUGCUCACGCUCAACAAAACGAGGCACGUUCGUUUCGGUUUGUUUUCACGGUGGAAGCUGAAUGACAGAGCACGGCUGAAGUUGGGUUAAAGUGAGGCGAUUCUGUGAAGAGUAAAGUUUAAACUGUGGACAGCUGAAGACACAGGGGUUAACAAAAUGUCUGAGUCUGUCAUCAGAUCGAAACAAGCUCAGAGAGAAGUCAAUGGAAUUUCAACAGAAGUCGUCUGUACAGAGUUCAGUAAUUACAUAUUUGUAGUUCUCACUCAGUAUGGCAAAAUUGGGACAUUGAUCUCUGUCACACCCGACUCCAGAUCUAAUGAUCUAAGCACCCCAACGUUCUCUACAAAAGUACUGCUGGGCAAAGAUGAGCCUCUGACACAUGUCUGUGCCAAAAACCUGGCAAUGUUCGUGUCGCAGGAAUCUGGCAACCGGCCUGUCUUGCUGGGACUGGCACUGAAGGAUUCCUCCAUAGAUGCAAUAAAACAAAUUAAAGAGAUGAUCAAAAGUUGUCAAGUCUGGUAGGAAGUAAUUAAAACGGACAUGAAGCCUGUAGGCGGCGUAAAAUACAGCUCGUCUGGAUACACUGUCACGUUUUAUCUCUGCAUCUCUUUUAAAAUGAAACUCCUCCAAAAAAUAAUCUGAUUAAAACAAUGGCUCCAAGGCAGAAAUGUGCAGAGCAGAUUGUCUUCCACAAAACAUAGUUUAUGAAACGCAUAAUUAACUGUUUGUUAAAAAGAAAGAUUUUCUGCAUGUUAUUUUGCUUUCAAAAACUGAAUGUGUGCUGACUAAGUGAGGGUUUGCAAAAUGAUGUCAUCACUGUAUAUUUUGGUCAUUUUUAACACUCUGGAUUAUUUUUGUCAUCAUCCUCAGAACUUUGUACUUUUGUGAAAGAAAACCUUUUAUAGAACAUAUGAUUCAUUUGUAUUUUUUCAACUGAAUUUAAAGAUGCAUAUGAGCCUGGUUAAGAUAAGAGCCUUGGUUUUGUCAAGUACAUUUUGUUAUUCAUUUGUUUCUAUAACAUCUCACUACUUGAGCUUUGAUAUCAGAACAAUAGCUGACUUUUAUAUGCAUUAAAUGUAAUUAAUAUGCUCAAUUUUGUUUUGCUUGGUCAAUUUUUUUGGUUUAAAUGUAAGAUGGGAGUAAGAAAAGCCUUCAGAUGUCUUAUCCUGGACUUAUAGACCAAACCACUGAAAUAUUCAUUAAAUUUCAGAGAAAAAUGUACAGCUUUCUUAAAAGAUGUUUUUAUUAUAACCAUCUAAAAAUUAUUUUAUUUUCUGACAGUAAUAUACAAAUACUACAUUUUUGUUACAUUUUUUAAAGUUGUACAGUUAAGUCCAUAAAUAUUUGGAAACUGACACAUUUUUUUCUCUUCACCCCCACAGGGCAUUUCAAGUCAAGCAGUGAAAUUGUGAUUGAAGUGCAGACCGUCAAUUUUAAUUCAAGUGGUUUUACGAAAUGAUUUGCAUUAACUAUUUAAGAGUUAGAGGCACUUUUAUACAAGGCCUCCCACUUUCAAAAUGCAGUUAGUGACUGACUGAAGCAUUGAACCCACGGACAUCAGCAAAUGUUUCUCACCUUGAGAUGCUCUUCCAGACUUUCACUGCAGCUACAUUCAGUUUUGUCUUCAGUAACUAAACGGCAUGCUCCAUUGGUUGAGAUCAGGUGACUGGCUUGCACGCUGAAUAUCCCAUGACUUUGCAUUGAAAAACUCUUAGGUUGCUUUUGCAGUAUGCUUUGGGUCAUUAUCCAUUUGCACUGUGAAGCACUAUCUGAUCAGUUUUGCAGCAUUUGGCUGGAAUCCCUGAGCAGAGAGUAUAGCUCUAUAUGUUUCAAAAUUCAUCCUGCUACUUCUAUCAUAUCUUGAUUGUUUGAUUGAAAUGGGAAUGGGACAUAACUGUGGUGGCAUAGAGAGAUAAAAUUACAAAAAUAAUUAAUUGUCCUAAAACAUAAAUGUAUAUAAUCUAUAACUCAGAGUAUACAUUUCGAGACUGUAAUGUUUACAUGUUCUGUUGAAAUCAGUCUAGCAAAAAUAUAAAUGCACCUUAUUCAAUAAAGCAUUUUGCAUAUUUGUUAUA